GCUCAGUCGGGACCCGGCAGUGGGCGCUAUGGCGGGGAUGGCUCUCCGGGUCGCGGGCCGGCAGCUCAGCCAGAGCGCGAGGUCUGGCGCCCCCAUCCUCCUGCGGCAGAUGUUUGAGCCCAAGAGCUGCACCUACACGUACCUGCUGGGUGACAGGGAGUCCCGAGAGGCCAUUCUGAUCGACCCGGUUCUGGAGACAGCGGAUCGGGAUGCGAAGCUGGUGAAGGAGCUGGGGCUGCGGCUGCUUUAUGCUGUGAAUACCCACUGCCAUGCGGACCACAUUACUGGCUCAGGGCUGCUCCGGUCCCUACUCCCAGGCUGCCAGUCUGUCAUCUCCCGCCUUAGUGGGGCCCAGGCCGAUCUGCACAUUGAGGAUGGAGACUUAAUCCGAUUCGGGAGCUUUGCCUUGGAGGCACGGGCCAGCCCUGGCCACACCCCAGGCUGUGUCACCUUCGUCCUGAAUGACCACAGCAUGGCCUUCACUGGAGAUGCCCUACUCAUCCGAGGGUGUGGGCGGACGGACUUCCAGCAAGGCUGUGCUAAGACUUUGUACAACUCAGUCCACGAAAAGAUCUUCACACUUCCAGGCGACUGUCUGAUCUACCCUGCUCAUGAUUACCAUGGGCUCACAGUGUCCACGGUGGAAGAGGAGCGGACUCUGAACCCUCGGCUUACGCUCAGCUGUGAGGAGUUUAUCAAGGUCAUGGACAAUCUGAACUUGCCCAAGCCUCAGCAGAUAGACGUUGCUGUUCCAGCCAACAUGCGCUGUGGGGUCCAGACCCCCCCCUGCUGACGCUCCUCUCUGUCAGGUGCUCAUAUCCGUUAUGGUAGGGUGAGGGGAGAGGUGUCACUUCCCCCACUCUCCUCUCUACCCUUCAUCACCACUUCGAGCUUCUUAAAUAAACUUUUUUUUUGGCUGUGAAUCUGACUACUGCCUGUUUUUCU